AAGCCCCAAACGCCAACGCCAACGCGAGCUUUAGCUAAGCUAAGAGCUAAGCGCGGCCGGCACGUCGCCUUCUCCUUCCCUCUCCUCUCGUGUCGAUCGCCGAUGAGCAAUCCGGCGAUGUGCGCCAUGAGCUCGGUGCUGGCAACGCAUCACCACGCGGCGAGGUGCGGCGCCGUCCGCCGGGAGAACGCCUGGAUUGCGCCGGCGAGGGUCGGGUUCAGCCAGGCGCGUCGCGGCGGCGGGAGGGACGAGCUGAGCGCCGCCGGGCUCGGCCGGUUCCUCGGCUACGCCACCGCCGAUCACAAGAACAAGAACCAUGAGGUGGACGACCUCGAGCCGGCGAGGCUGUUCGUGGGGUUGCCGAUCGACACGGUGACGGACGGCGCGACGGUGAACAGCGCCAGGGGCGUGACCUCCGGGAUGCGCGCCGUGAAGCUCCUGGGCGCCGACGGCGUCGAGCUGCCGGUGUUCUGGUCGGUGGCGCAGCCGGAGUCGCCGGACCGGUUCAGCUGGGCGGGGUACAGGGCCGUCGCCGACAUGGCCCGCGACGAGGGGCUCAGCCUCCGCGUCACGCUCCACUUCCACGGCUCCCCCGGCGGCGCCGUCCCCUUGCUCCCCGUCUGGGUCUCCACCGCCGCCGCCGACGACCCCGACAUCCUCUUCACCGACCGCUCCGGCGGCCGCCACGACGACUGCCUCUCCUUCGCCGUCGACGAGCUCCCCGUCAUCCACGGCCGGUCGCCGCUCGACUGCUACGACGCCUUCUUCCGCAGCUUCGCCGACGCGUUCCAGGACCUCUUCGACUCCACCAUCACCGACGUGACGGUGGGGCUGGGGCCGAACGGCGAGCUCCGGUACCCGUCGUACCCGCCGGGGAGCGACGGGCAGGGGUUCACCGGCGUGGGCGAGUUCCAGUGCUACGACAGGUACAUGCUGGAGCAGCUGCGGCGGCACGCGGCGGAGGCCGGCGAGCCGCUGUGGGGGCUGUCGGGCCCGCACGACGCGCCGCGGUACGGCGACUCGCCGGACGCGUGCGGCUUCUUCAACGACCACGGCGGGUCGUGGCAGAGCGCGUACGGCGACUUCUUCCUCUCGUGGUACGCCGGUCAGCUGGUCGGGCACGGCGACCGCGUGCUCGCCGUGGCGAACGGCGCGCUCGGCGACACGCCGGUGGAGGCGUCGGCGAAGGUGCCGUUCAUGCACUGGUGGCACGGCGCGCGGUCGCGGCCGGCGGAGGCGGUGGCCGGAUUCUACAAGAGCGGCGGGAAGAACGGGUACAGCCCGGUGGCGAAGAUGUUCGCGCGGCGGGGGUGCACGGUGAUCGUGCCGGGGAUGGACGUGUGCAUGAACAAGCAGCACCGGAUCACGGGGUCCAGCCCCGACCAGCUGCUGGUGCAGAUCAAGAACGCGUGCCGCCGCCACGGCGCCAGGAUCGCCGGCGAGAACGCGUCGCUCGUCGUCACGCACACCAGCAGCUUCUCCCGCAUCCGGAGCAACGUGCUCACCGCCGAGCGGAUGAGGCCGGGGCACUUCACCUACCAGCGGAUGGGCGAGGCCUUCUUCUCGCCGGAGCACUGGCCGGCCUUCGUCGAGUUCGUCCGCGGCGUCGUCUGCGGCGAGUGGCCCGACGAGGACGAGGACCGCGACGUCGCCGACAAUCCCAACGCCAUGGAGGCGCAGCCAGUAUAAACUCUCCAACUACUACUCUCUUUUUAUUUUCAAAUGCUGAGGCCGUUGCCGACGUUUUAUAUAAAAAAGCCAUCCCACUUUAAAAAGAAAACGGGAUCAAACUUUACAAUGUAUAUUCUCUAAAUUGUCUGAUGUGCUGAUGAAAUAUCAUCAGUUUAGUAGUACUUCAGACGGGAUGAUCCAAGUAUUAGUGGAUCGGAUUUUGAAGUGUUGUACAUGAUAUACAUGUAAUAAUGUUUCAUGUCUCUACGGAGAUUGCAUCCAGCUCAAUUUUUAAUUUUUUUAACAAACUGGCGAGGUGCUAAUUUUAUUGAAUAGAGUAAAAAACCUAUGUAUAAGUGUGAAGAAAAUAUAUAUGUACAUGGAAAGAAAAUAAGACGCCUAUGGUAGGAGCGAGAAUAAUCGCCUGGCUCCUGCUAGGACCCACGUUUUCGCAUCUUCUUUGAUUUUUGCUCCAAGUGCUAAUGUCAAGAGUUCCUUUUGUCAGAAAACUCUCCGGUUCUUGAUGUAUAGUCUCUGAAUUGCCUGAUGUGCUGAUGAAAUAUCAUCAGUUUAGUAGUACUUUAGAUGGGAUGAUCCAAGUAUUAGUGGAUCGGGUUUUGAAGUGUUGUACAUGAAUAUCAUGUAAUAAUGUUUUUGUCUC